GGGCAGCACUUGGUUGAAGUCGGGCAAGUUGGGCGAAGCAACGGUAUGUGAUUCGACGAAGCGCGUCCGCCAUUUUGAUGCGCGAAAGUGGGGGUAUGAGCAUUAAGCAUUUACCUUAUUUCACGUAAAAUCCGAAACAAAACUGAACUAAUUAGAGAAAAACGAAUCCCACUUGCUUGCUGCUUAAACGUGGUUCGUUUGGCUGUUAGACGCAGCUAAAAGUGAAAGUGUUUGUGUUUACCGAAAUAAGAAAGCUCCCCAAGUUGCAACUCCUGAACAGCGUGGCCGAACGGGCUUCUCUUUGUUAAGGUUUCAAUUUCAUCUGCAAAUUUCAGAGUUCUACAUGCCGUACCAUGGAGUUCAACAUCAACCUCGCAGUAUAACUUGAGGAACUGCCUAGUGUCUGUUUAGCUAUAGGUUGGUUGGUGUCAGGACGGGGCCCGACUGCUAGUCAGGGGCGAAAGACCGCACCGCGGUCCAAGUUUUAGUGCGAGUGUUCCAUGUGCUCCGUUUAAGUUAAUUUUGCCGGGGUACAAAUCGGUGUUUUGUUAGUUGAAUUCGUAAAUGGACAAACGCAAAAUGUUGCCAAAAAGGCCUAGAUUCGAGCCGCGCGGACCCAUCGCUAACGGGCCGUUGCAAACCCGUCCUCUCGUUGCACUUCUAGAUGGCAGAGACUGUUCCAUAGAAAUGCCCAUCCUGAAAGACGUGGCUACUGUCGCGUUCUGUGAUGCACAAAGUACGAGUGAAAUUCACGAAAAGGUACUAAAUGAGGCGGUGGGAGCGCUAAUGUGGCACACAAUAAUUCUGACAAAAGAGGACCUGGAAAAGUUUAAAACUUUGCGAAUAAUCGUGCGUAUCGGGAGUGGAGUUGACAAUAUCGAUGUAAAAGCAGCAGGAGAACUAGGUAUAGCUGUUUGUAACGUACCUGGAUAUGGAGUAGAAGAAGUGGCUGACACUACAUUAUGCUUGAUUCUAAAUUUGUACAGGCGGACCUAUUGGCUUGCCAAUAUGGUCCGGGAAGGCAAGAAGUUUACCGGCCCGGAGCAAGUGCGGGAAGCCGCUCAGGGAUGCGCUAGGAUACGUGGUGAUACCUUAGGCAUCGUUGGGUUAGGUCGUAUUGGAUCUGCAGUAGCUCUGCGAGCAAAAGCCUUUGGAUUUAACGUGAUCUUUUACGAUCCAUAUUUGCCCGAUGGAAUAGAGAAGAGCUUGGGAUUAACCCGAGUUUAUACACUUCAAGAUCUGCUGUUCCAAUCCGAUUGUGUGUCUUUGCAUUGCACUCUAAAUGAGCACAAUCAUCAUCUGAUCAAUGAAUUUACAAUUAAACAGAUGCGACCAGGUGCAUUCUUGGUUAACACUGCAAGAGGUGGACUUGUGGAUGAUGAUUCCUUAGCCCAAGCGCUGAAACAAGGCCGUAUCAGAGCCGCUGCAUUAGAUGUUCACGAAAAUGAACCCUACAACGUAUUUACCGGCCCGCUAAAAGACGCCCCCAAUGUUCUGUGCACACCUCACGCUGCAUUCUAUAGUGAUGCUAGCGCCACUGAGCUUCGUGAGAUGGCGGCCAGCGAAAUUAGACGUGCAAUUAUGGGUCGAAUACCUGAUUGUCUCAGGAACUGCGUGAAUAAGGAAUACUUUAUGGGACCCGGCCAAUAUCCAGAAGGUACAGUGUCUCCGGCGGGUGUAAAUGGAGGAUAUUACCCGGGCGCAGGAACACUUCCUGUGCAGCAAGCGCAUUCGACGACAACACAUGAGGCGCCCCAUACAGUCGCCCCAAGUGUACCGCCACCUGCUCCGCAGCCGACUGCUUCUGUGGGGCCGCAAGUUCAGGUUCCACCCCAUGCUCUAGUGAGUACUUCUGACCUUGGCAUGUGAGACUGACAUGUGGUUUUUCAGUUUUUAUUUCCUCGCAUAUUUAAAGCCGCUAAGUACUCCGGAGAAUACAGCGAACCAUCUGACUCCAAAACCUGAACCAUCGGAGGUCCACUAGCAAUAAUCUGACGAAAAUGGGCUCACCAUCGAUAUUUCGCGAGCAGAAUUGAUCAUGUUUUUAUUUUAUUUUGGUUGACACUUUAUACAUAUCGGAACGGUUUCAGUAUUUAACAUCACAACUCACCCUGCUUUCUCACUGUUUCAAACCGACUUCCGCCUGGUUGGAGAAAAAUAUUUUGAUCAUGUAAGUAUUGAUCAUGAGUUUCUCUUUGCGUUCGCAUAAAAUGUAUAGUUAUGUACUAGCAAUGAACGAAUUUGAGAUCCUCAUUUGAUAAUUGUAAUUUUAUUAUCAAGAGUUCAUUGAAGAAAAUCCAUUCGAACGUUGCUGUAUAUUUAACGCAUUUCUCGUUCAGGCGGGAGUUGGUUUAUUUGCCUUUUCACGGUGUUGUGGAUCGGCUUUACUUAAGUUUGGCCGGUUCUCAGCUGUUAGUAAUUUUUCCAUUUUGAGCCACGAUGUUUAUGUACAUAUUUGUGUCAGAUAUGAAGAUCGCAACUUUCUCAAAAUUCGGCCGGAUAGAUCCAUGUUGUGGAUUUAUCGAGCGUUCGCUCUUUUCUUAAAUCAGCAUUUGCGGACGGCAUGUCGCGAUGUCCUUUUCACUUGUAUAAAUAUCAUAUUUUAUGUUAGUUAAAUUUUUUUCUCUGGUAAAUAUGCGCAUUCUUUAAUAAUGCUUAUAUAUUUUUAAGGGAUGUAUGUGAUCCCACGCUUGACAAUGAAUGACUUUUGAAUGUUAUUAAAGAAUGUGAAAAUUAGUCCUAUUUUUAGUGUAAUACAUUUAAUCAAAAAGUUUUAAGGAUGUUGAGGAAAAAUGAUUCAGUUUUCCUCAAUAAAAUAGAGUAAAAUGAAACCAUUUUUAAGUUAAUUAUUAAUUAUUACAUUUUUGCAACUUUUACUUUCUAUUCAGUUCGCGCCUUUUUAACACAACAACAUUUUGUACCCAGCGAUCAUAGACUAGCUUUUUUGGCAAAGGACAAUUUUCAGUUUUAAUUUACGUACAGCUGCACCGCCUGAAAAGUUUUUAAAUGGAUUUCGGUAGCAACUGUACCAAUUUAGAAACACUCAAAAUUUGGUGUUAUAGUUCGGCUGGGCCCAAUUGGCAUGUUGCUAUUUUGAGAUUCAAAUAAUUAAAAUUAAUUUCAAAAAUCGUAUUUUUGCAGUUAUUGGUAUGUUGAAUCUAUAAACCGGGGUUUUUUUAUGCCAUUUUAAUAAUUUUUGAACAAACGUUGGAAUUUUUUCGUAGAACGUUUGUGUUAAAAACAUUCAAUGGUGUUCACUUAUGAAUGAAAUCUGUCACCAAAUCAGAUUACGACCAAUUUGGUGUUGGGGUUUAACGUCUUUGAAAGAACCAAAUGGUUGUUGGUGUCAAAAUUAUGAGGCAUUUUCAUCACUGUUUCCGGGAUUAUUUGGAUCUCAAAACAGUUGUAAAUAUGCUGUCAUCAUUUGUGACUGUUUGCAAUCGGCACGAAACCUGGAAAGUUUAGUUUUCAAUAGAAACUUGGUUGAUUUUUCACCAGAAUAACCCAGUUUUGAUUUAUAAAUUUAGUUAGUGCGGAGAGACUCCGAAUCAACCCUGAAACGUAUAAAAUGUGUAUAAAAGAAGUGGACUUAAACAUUAUUAUGGUGAAGUGCAGUUAAAUAUAAUUUUCUUAUAAUUGUAGGAUAAAUAGCGGUAUUGUGACUAAUUGCCGUGAUUUCGACGUCGGCCGGUCAGCCCAUUGCUCGCCCCUCGAGCGCUUUUUGUAUUAUUGAUUUGUUACAUUCCAACCGACACCAACAGACAAUUCGAACUAUCAGUGAAGGUGCACUAUUUGCUCACAGUAUAUUUUUAUAUAUAAGAAAUCGACUUAUAAAAAAAGGUAGAAAAUGGUUCACCAACUGGUUGAGUUUCACCGCGUAAUUUGUUGAUUAACGGCGCGCUAGGACGAGCAUUGGCCUUGACAGCGGCGACGAGCAGCAAAAAUUUGUAGGGCUAUUGGACUUCCACAAAUUUUGAAAUAAAUAUGUGAAAAUAC